AUGUCUGGAAGCAACAUUAAAGAUGCCUUUAUAGUGGCUUCAGGAGGCGAGGCAACUCAUACACACCCGAACCCAGCGUCAGCCAGAGCGCAUGCUUCUGAGACGACACCUUUAUUGGCAGCAUCAGCAGAAAAUCCAAUAACCCAAGCGGACUCGGAAACACUGGACAUCAACAAGAUCGGUGGUACGACCACUGUUGAGGAGGAACAGGAGACCCGAGAUGAAGAUGAAGACAAGCCUUUGCCUAUGGGACAGAUCAUGCUCCUGUGUUAUGCUAGACUUGUUGAGCCCAUCGCCUUCUUCUCCAUCUUCCCUUUCAUCAACCAAAUGAUCCAGGAAGUUGGAGGCGUUGAAGAAGAGGAUGUUGGCUUCUACAGCGGUUUGAUUGAAUCUCUUUUCUCCCUCACGCAGAUGAUCUUCAUGAUCUCGUGGGGUCGCGCCUCAGACAGGUAUGGUCGCAAGCCUGUUCUUGUCUACUCUGUUAUCGGUGUUUCGAUCAUGACAUGCUUGUUCGGAGUCAGCAAAUCUAUUUGGCAGAUGAUCCUUUUCCGUUGUCUUGCUGGAGUCUUCUCAGGCACUAUUGUUACCGUUAGAACUAUGUUAUCGGAGAACUCGACUUUCAAAACUCAAGCAAGAGCGUUCAGUCUGUUCGCAUUUGCUGGUAACGUGGGUAUCUUCCUAGGCCCAGUCAUUGGUGGCGCUCUGUCUACUCCCGCAACACAAUAUCCUCGUGUUUUUGGAGGCAUUUGGUUCUUUGAGGAAUAUCCAUAUGCUCUACCAAAUAUAGUCGCCAGCUUGUUUGGCUUCAGUGCUGCUGUGAUUUCAGCAUUUUAUCUCAAAGAAACUCUCGAAUCCGCAAAAGACAGCAGUGGAAAGCCUGCAGAACCACCCAUGUCGACUUGGAAAUUAUUACAACAACCAGGUGUCGCAUUCACCCUCUUCCUUUGGUGCUUCGUCUCACUCCAAGGUCUGGCCAACACUGCUGUCCUUCCCGUCUUCUGGUUUACUAGCAUCCCACUCGGUGGCUUUGGCUUCUCACCUAUUCAAAUAUCACUCUUCCUAGGUCUCGCUGGAAUCUCGCAAGCAAUCUGGUUGCUUUUCGUCUUCCCACCAAUGCAAAGGCGUUGGGGAACCGGCGGCGUCUUGCGAUACAGCGGCUGGGUCUUCCCCAUCGGCUACAUAGGCAACCCUAUUCUUCAGUUUGCGCUUAGACAUGGCGUCACAACCCCUUUCUGGAUUAUCUUGCCUGUCUUUAUGGUGAUUGGCAGUAGUGCGAGUAUGGCGUUCACUUGCGUCCAGCUGUGCGUCAACAAUAUCUCACCAUCGCCUGCUGUGCUGGGAACCAUGAAUGCAUUGGCUCUAAGUCUGGUAGCGGGUAUCCGUGCCAUAGCACCAGGCUUGUUUGCUAGUCUGUUUGCCACAGGUGUCAAGGGUCAGAUCCUCAAUGGGUAUUUGGUUUGGUUGAUCAUGAUCAUCAUGUCCUUCUUCUUGUUUGUGACGAUAAGAUUUUUGCCUGAGAAGGCAGAAGGAAGGAUCCCGAAGAAUGGAGACGAAGAAGAUGCUUGA